CUGCUCUCUCAGUUACUGAAAGUGGCCGCCUCUCUGCUGCUGCCGGCCCAGCGAUCACAGAUUCGCUCGUUGCCCAGCACCGCCAUUUUGGAGACAGAGAGGCGAGAGCCGGCAGCAGCUGAGAGAGAGAGAAAAGGGGACCGGGGCUUGAGCAGUGCAGUUUAAAGGCCACACUUGGGCGUGAGAGAAGUGUUCUAUGGCCUCAGAGUUAGAUGAAGUGGAAGAUGGAGGCUGUUCGGAACUGGCGAGACCUCUUCAUCUGCAGUAUCUGGAACGAGCCCUAAAGCUAGACACCUUCCUACGACAGACUGCAACUUUCUUCAACAAAAAUGUCUCAAGUGACGAUAGUGAUGACGGGUUGGAGAUGGGUUCCUCCCUGGCCCGCUCAGACCCCUGCCCUCUACUGAGAGUCAAAGAGGAGCCCGUGGACCCUGAGGAAGAGGGUGUGGAGCCCUGCAGAGCAGCCGAGCCUGGGGUCUGGCCAGAAACCAGCUCACUCAACGGAGCUCUGCAUCAGGCACCAAAAAUAGACAAAGGCAGUGUGUACAACUUUUCGAAACUGAAGAAAAGCAGAAAGUGGCUUAAGGGUAUCUUAUUGAGCGACGACACCACAGACUCAGACUCAGAUACCGAUGAGGAGGACUUCACACUGUCUAAAGAAGAGCUUCAGGACAUGCUGAGGUUGCACAGAUACAAGAAGCUUCAUCAGAACAAGUUCCACACAGACAGAGAGUUGCAGCAGUACCAGUACUACAGUGCAGGGCUUCUUUCCACUCAUGACCCAUUUUAUGAACAGCAGCGCCACCUACUGGGACCCAAGAAAAAGAAAAUUAAAGAGGAGAAGAGAUUAAAGGCAAAGUUAAAGAAGGUGAAAAAGAAGAGGAAGCGUGACGAGGAGUUCCUCUCUGAGGGACGGCAGUACACCACCAAAAUCUUUGCCAAGUUCUCCCACGACGCUCCCCCGCCCAUAUCCAAGAAGAAGCACCUAACAGUCGAACAGCUGACGGCACGGCGACGCAAAGUCUGGCUGACUAUUGCCAAAAAAGAAAACCCUAAGACAUUCAAGCAGAAAGCCUCAGCACGGAACCUUGUCAUAACAAAUGCCAAAAAGCUGGCCCACCAGUGCAUGAGGGAGGUGAGACGGGCGGCUAUCCAGGCCCAGAAGAACUGCAAGGAAACCCUUCCGCGGGCCCGCCGUCUCAACAAGGAGAUGCUGCUGUACUGGAAGAAGUACGAGAAGGUGGAGAAGGAGCACCGCAAGAGGGCUGAGAAGGAGGCUCUGGAACAGAGAAAGCUCGACGAGGAGAUGAGGGAGGCCAAGAGACAACAGCGAAAGCUAAACUUCCUGAUCACCCAGACUGAGCUGUAUGCCCAUUUCAUGAGCCGCAAGCACAACGCAGAGAGUGAUGGGAUACAGGAUGAGAUCCUAAUGAAACUGGACGACAGCUCAGCGCACCGCCAGAUUGAUAUUGGUGGAGGCGUAAUGGUUAAUGUCAGCCACGAGGACUACGACAGUAACUAUUAUAAGUCUGAGGCUCUGAAGAAUGCAGAGGAGGCCUUCCAGAUCCACCAAGCCAGAACCCGGCUGUUCGAUGAAGAGGCGAAGGACAGCCGCUGUGCUUCUGUGCAAGCUGCUACUGGUGCCAGUUCUUGUUUUGGAGAGAGCUACAGCCUGGCUAACCCAUCAAUCCGUGCUGGAGAGGAUAUUCCUCAGCCCACCAUCUUCCAUGGCAAGCUGAAGGGCUACCAGCUGAAGGGCAUGAACUGGCUUGCGAAUCUCUAUGAACAGGGUAUCAACGGAAUCCUUGCUGAUGAAAUGGGGUUGGGUAAAACUGUGCAGAGUAUUGCUCUUUUGGCUCAUCUGGCUGAGCGAGACAACAUCUGGGGUCCAUUUUUAAUCAUAUCUCCCGCUUCCACUCUGAACAACUGGCACCAAGAGUUCACUAGAUUUGUUCCGAAAUUCAAGGUGCUGCCUUACUGGGGGAACCCCCAUGACAGGAAGGUAAUUCGUAAAUUUUGGAGUCAGAAAACUUUGUACACACAAGAUGCACCGUUCCACGUGGUGAUAACCAGCUACCAGCUUGUCGUCCAGGAUGUGAAGUAUUUCCAGCGGGUGAAGUGGCAGUACAUGGUACUGGAUGAGGCACAGGCUCUCAAGAGCAGCACCAGUGUGCGGUGGAAGAUUCUGCUCCAGUUUCAGUGUCGAAAUCGAUUGCUGCUGACUGGAACUCCAAUCCAGAACACAAUGGCUGAGCUCUGGGCACUUUUACAUUUCAUCAUGCCAACUCUGUUUGACUCCCACGAAGAGUUCAAUGAGUGGUUUUCUAGAGACAUUGAGAGCCAUGCGGAAAACAAGUCGUGCAUUGAUGAGAACCAGCUGUCUCGGUUACACAUGAUACUGAAGCCCUUCAUGUUGAGACGUAUCAAGAAAGAUGUAGAGAAUGAGCUGUCUGAUAAGAUUGAAAUUCUCAUGUACUGUCAACUGACUGUCCGUCAGAAACUUCUGUACCAGGCUUUAAAGAACAAAAUCUCAAUCGAGGACCUUCUCCAGUCUUCAAUGGGCACAACACAGCAGGCACAGAACACAACCAGUAGCUUAAUGAACCUUGUCAUGCAGUUUAGAAAGGUGUGUAACCAUCCAGAUCUGUUUGAACGGCAGGAAACCCGAUCCCCAUUUCACAUGUCCUUGAACUCCUACGUCAUGUGCAAGCUUCUUUACCGCCAGGGCCUAGUUUCCACAUUCAACCAGUGCCGCACCAGGUUGUUACAGGUCCUCCUUUCGCCAUUUGCACCAGAUCACAUUCAUCAGUCCUUAUUUCACAGGAAAGGGAACAAUGAGGGCAGUUGCUUCUCUUUCCUGCGGUUUAUAGAUGUGUCUCCUGCUGAAAUGACCAAUGUAAUGCUUCGAGGAAUAUUAGUCAGGUGGUUAGCUCUUUUUUUGUCUCUGAAGUCUUCUUACCGGCUCUACCAGCGGCGCCUGUGGGCUGCAGGAGGGGGUGAAGCUGAGGCCAAAUCUGUGUUUCUAGGCAACAAGGAUCUCAUUCUGUGGUUGGACUCCCCAACCUCCUUCCCCAGUGUCCGGAGCACUCCAGUAUUACAGGACCUCAUUUUCACUAGCCAGAGCAGUUUAGUUAUGGGCCACGCAGACCUGGUUAUACACCGAAGGAAAUCGGCUACCUCAACAAUCCGGCAAUGCCAACGAACAGAAAUUCCAAAAUUCCUAUUCAGCUCCAUACCACGGAUAACAGCUGUCCCUGUGGAUCAAUACUGUAAUGACCGCAGUGCUGAUUAUGAGUGGAGGGUGACGAGAGAUGGCGGGGGUCUCACGGUCAAGCAAUGCUUCCUGUACGGAGCCCCAGAGCUGGCAAGCAAUUGGGUGGGGCAUCGGCCAUCGUUUUUCCCUGAGAGCCCUGGGGGUGUGAUGGCACUCUACCCACGACACGGCUGGUCCUUCAUCAAGAUCCCAGACAAGGAGACUUUGAUCACGGACAGUGGGAAGCUGCACACUCUGGAUCUGCUCUUGACCAGGCUGAAAUCUCAUGGACACCGAGUCCUCAUCUACUCUCAGAUGACUCGGAUGAUAGACCUGCUGGAGGAGUAUAUGGUUUUUCGCAAGCAUACAUACAUGAGGCUAGAUGGGUCUUCAAAGAUUUCAGAGAGGCGUGACAUGGUGGCAGAUUUUCAGAGCAGAACCGAUAUCUUUGUCUUCCUCUUGAGUACUAGAGCUGGGGGCCUUGGCAUCAAUCUGACAGCUGCUGACACAAUGACCAUAAUGUUAAGCACUGCUGGUGAGAUCAGAGAACUAAGAUUCUUGUUUGUGCACUGCGAUGUUCCAGCAGCAGCGCCCAGGCAGGGUUUAUAUGUUAUAUUUUACGACAGUGACUGGAAUCCAACAGUGGACCAGCAAGCUAUGGACAGAGCCCACAGGCUGGGACAGACCAAGCAGGUGACUGUGUACAGGUUAAUAUGCAAGGGGACAAUCGAAGAGAGGAUAUUACAGCGAGCCAAGGAGAAGAGUGAGAUCCAGCAAAUGGUGAUCUCGGGCGGUAAUUUCAAACCAGACACUCUGAAACCAAAGGAGGUGGUCAGUCUGUUACUGGAUGACGAGGAGCUGGAAAAGAAAUUGAGAAUGCGGCAGGACGAAAAAAGGCAACUGGAAGAGUGCAAUAAAGUUAAAGAUCGCAAGCGUAAAAGAGACAAAUACGCUGAAAAGAAGAAGAAGGAAGAUGAGAUGGACUUAAAAAAGAAAAAAGAAGGGGUGAAUAUUGUCAUUCCAUUCCUGCCGUUGGCAGACAACUCUAAUCUGUCUGCAGAUGGAGACGAUUCCUUUAUCAGCGUGGAUUCGGCAAUGCCUAGCCCCUUCAGCGAGAUCUCAAUGAGCAGUGAGCUGCUAGCAGGAUCGAUACCCGCGGACGAGAGCAGCAGUGACAUGCUGGUGAUUGUUGACGAUCCGACGUCCUCCGCUCCCCAGUCUCGGGCAACCAGCUCACCCGUAUCUAUCACAGGAUCUGUGUCUGAUACUAUAAACGGCAUCUCCUCUCAGGACACGUCCAGUCCAGGGCGUGGAAGGUCAGGUCGUUCCCGCGGGCGCCCCAAAGGCUCAGGCGGAGGGACCAAGUCAGCUGGGAAGGGGAGGAGCCGCAAGUCAACCGCAGGAAGCGCCGCAGCGAUGGCAGGGGCCAUGGCGGGAGCUGCAGCUGCCUCAGCGGCUGCUUACGCAGCAUACGGGUACAGCGUAUCAAAAGGUAUUCCUGCGACCAGCACAUUGCAGCCUUCCCUCUCACGAUCCUCCAGCACAGCCACCUUCAUCCCUACAGGCGCUUCCUCUCCGCUAGCCUCACCGCAGGGUAAAGGGAACAGCAUCCCUGCCAGCCAACAAACCCUAAGCCAUACUAGCACCCCCAACCCUCCGACUCCAAAUAGAAAAAAUAAAGGACCCAGUACACCAGGAGGACAGUAGCAGAAGCCCUGCAUCAGGAGAGCUACGCUGCCAUUGCAAUCUCACUACACCUUCGAACCCCAGUCCUUUUGCAGGCUUAAUUGGAAACAGAACCACAGCAUACAGGCAUCAAAGUGCAGAUUUUAACAUCCCAGGAUUAUGCAUUAAUUUAGCUGUUUUUAAAGUGGUGUAUUCUUCAGCAAACACUAGAUCAAGCCACUUGUGAUUCAAUAUCUGGAAACCAACAGCGUACAUUUCUUGCCAUUCAGCUUUGUAGAGAAGAAAAGUCACCAAUGCUACAGUACAAAAAUGGAUGGAAUAAAGAGACCACUUUGAGACAAAGAUAAUAAUGUAAUUUGGAGGAUGCACGCACAGCAGAGGGCCUCUUUGAUGAAACAAUCAUUUUUUGUCCUUAUUUUGUUUAUUUAUUUAUUUUUGGUCUUCAGCAUAUGCAUUAUUGUAUUUUGCCAGACAAUGUAAAUUCAACUCCUUCGUUAGUUGUUUAUUUAUAAUUUGCGUACCACCAGGCAAAAAAAAAACAAGUGUUGAGUAACCAACAAACUGGUGUCCAACAGAGUUGUAGAAUAAAGUUGUCUUUUGAGCUGUUAUCUAAUAUUUACAUUUUUUUUACUAAAAUCCUUCCUGGUUUUUCAUUUAAACAAUCAGUGUGUUUGUCUGUGUCCUGAACAAUAACUCCCACCUUGUUUUCUGUGAUUAAUUCUGAAAGUUGUUUCAAUGUUCUCAGUAUUAAAUGAAAGAACAUCUUUGUUGUACCAUGCAAUAAAACAUGUCAUGGUAUAUAUCAGUGUAGAAAGUAAGCCACACCUUUUAAAAUCCAUUUCAUACCCUUUAUCUCCAUAUUUUUUUUUCAGAUGUACAGAGAGCCACAUUCCAAUAGGAAUCACAUUUUACACAUACAGUGACAUCCUUAACAGAAACUGGGACAGGAGAGUGUCGCUCAUUAACUAUUUCACGAUUGUGACACGUUGUCCGAUACAGAGAGCAUAAGUGCCUGCAGAACAACAUGGACAAGAGUACUUCUCUAACAUAUUGUACCUUCAGAGGGUGCAUCUUGCAUGUGCUUUCUAGAAAUUCAAAUUUGAGCAAAGCACCGAAAACUAACUGACAUUACUGAAAGAGCAACUUGGUCCGAGCCAGAAACAUCUGUUAUCUUAUGUAAUAUAUUUUUCUUGGUGUUUAGAAUUAUUUUUAUAUGUCAUUUAACGUUUAAUUCAUCACAUCUUCGUGACAUUUUGAAACUCUUAAAUUGCAUGUCAUUAACCUGUCUGCCUGCAACACUGCCCCUAGUGGAUUUAAGAAAUACAUCAGUAAGAAAAACCUUAUGUAAAACACAUGUGGUAUUUCCUGUAUCCACUGGGGGCAGAGUGCUUCAAGGUGAAGGACAGUUUUAAAAAGUCACAGGGUUGUGUUGACUGAAACAAAAAAAGAUGUACAAAGUGAUUUUAAACAAGAAUACAUUAGUCAAGAUAAAUAUCAUUUGAGUUUCUCUUUAAAGGGAAGGCAAGUGGAUUUUAAAACAUCAUUUGCUAUGCCUUGUAAAAAAUAAGGAAUGGGAAUUAAUUUACAAACUAUGUCCACUGAAAAAGUCUGAGGAUAUUGUGUGGGGUUCUUACCUAGCAUUUUGCACAUUAAAAAAAAAAAAACAGGUUAACCACAGAUGUUUGACGGAAGAGGCACAAAAUCAAGAGCGGGUUUUUAUUGCAAACCCCUGAAUGUAAAAAGAAAAAAAAAGUGAUAAUAAAAUUCAGAUUGUUUUGUAA